AUGAGCGAAACCACACGGCUCAAGAGCACGGUGUACGUGGGCGGUCUCGACCAGGCAGUGUCAGCACACACAUUGGCCGAAGCAUUUGUGCCCUUUGGCGAGGUGGUCGAUAUCUCACUGCCCAAGCCCGACAUCCCCAACUCCACCGACACCCAUCGCGGAUUCGGAUAUGUGGAGUUUGAUCUCCCCCAAGACGCCAAAGAGGCGAUCGAUAAUAUGGACGGCAGCGAGCUCUACGGGCGAACCAUUAAAGUUGCCGCAGCAAAGCCCCAGAAGGACGCCAACGAGGGACUGGGCAGCAAGACGGCCAUCUGGGAACAGGAGGGCUACCUGGCCAAAUAUGCCGUCAGCGAGGAGGACCGGCAGGCAGCCGAAGAGGCCCAGGCUGCAAGCAGCCGGCCCCAAGACCCGAUGCAGGGUUUGGAGCAACUGGACGUUGCCGGGCCCAAGCCCGAGUGA